AUGUCGUUGAUACAAGUUGAAGAUUUGGUAUCAUACCAAUUACGAACAAGUUACCUUAGCGAAGUUGCUGAUGGCGUUGGCGAGCGUCUCAUUACGAUAAACGAUAGUUUCCUUAACACUGCUCCUUUUAAAGCCGCUGGCUGGCGAUCAAACCCAUCACAUAUUAAGCGAACCCAUUCGCCCCCGAUACCUACUGCCAUUGCAUCUGAAUACUUCCAGGCGGCCCCGAGAUCUACAGGUUUGACGCUCGAGGAUGAAGCCGAAGAAGGGGGAAUGCUGACUGGUGGCGGGGAUACAUUAGGACCGGGAAGCGCUCUCAAGCGGCGCAGGGAAAGGCGCCGAGAACAAAUGGAGGAAGAUGACAGUAGUGACCUGAGCGACGAGAGCGACGACGAUACAGACCAGAGGGCUGCACAGCAGAUAAGAUUUGCAAAAAUGCCCCUUCGAAGUCGAGCUGGAUCCUCACCUAUUCAAUCGUCCAAUCUGCGUCAAGCCACUAAUAUGUCAUCUCCGCGUGCUACUCCGGUACCUCGGCGAGGAUCGCAACCAACUUUGGAGACCGUCAAGGAACGACCGCGGCGGGAUACCGUUACCAGUAGCGAGAUCUCGUCUGACAACGAGUUUGAUGCUUCAGGUUAUCACAAAAAUAAGGAAGCUGCAAGAACGAGGGCAACGAGAUCACACUCUAGAACUACUCUAGAAUCCAGUCAAGGUAUCAGACAUCAUGAAAGUGACCUGCUUGCCGAAGAAGAUGAGAAUUCUGAUAUGUCGGACACUUCCUCGGCGUUUGUCGAGAGUGUUGACUCAACUUCUAUCCUGGAUACGGUUGAGAACCCGGCAGUUGGUACCUCUCCCGGCCAACAGGUUGUCGGUAACGUGCCGAAACAACUACUACGGCAGUCUACAAUUAGGAAGCCGGCGCCACCAGCGCAGCCACAGGUGCUUCAGGCUCUUCCACCCCCUCGACCCAUGAGUACUAUUAGGCCUCUAAGCAUGGCCCCACCUCGCAGCCUUCUCUCAGAUGCCUUCAAGGCGAAAAAUACGAAGCCAGCUAUGCCUUUUGAUGCGUUUGCAUCUUUAUCAGGCCAAGGAGACCCUGAUCCUCUUAGGAUACGAAUAUAUGCGCCGUUCUCCGAAGAUCCAGAGACACCUUUCGAAGUCCCUAUAAGACGCAAUAUCCAGGAGGCGGACGGAACAUUUAGACCAGUGACAGUUGCCGAGUUAAUUGGCCUGAGUCUAUGGAGGUAUCAUGCUGAAAAGCUCCAACCUCCAGUUCCUGCCGAUAAGCUAAACGUGAAUUGGUGGACUUUACGAAUGGUCGAAGAAGGUGGCGAGGUUGACGACGAUUUCGAGCCGUUGGAUCGUAAAAAGCCUGUGAAUUCGUUUACUACGGCAAACAAUAGAGCAGCGAGAUCGCGAUCGGCUUCCAAGGCCUACGAUGAAUUUGCCCUAGUGCAAGCUUCAGAGGCCGGCUUCGCGGAUAAUCAAGUCCAAACACCACAAUACGAACAACAAGAUGUAGCAGAGACCGUGAAUGACGAAGAGGCGACCCCAAAAAGUACACCUCAGCCACAAGUUUCCCCGCUUGCGGCAGCACACCCGCGGUCGAAUCCCAUUAUUACUACAACCUACCGGGUGGACACGCCCCUAGCUGAUAAGCCGCCGCCUCAAGCCUCUGCCCCGGCUACGAGUAGAGGGCAACAUAAGCUCCUAAAAGUCCAUAUUCUAUCAUCCAAUACUGCUCCAGGGCAAAUGGUAACCCUUGAUGUUACUACGGAUAUGUAUCUUGCUGAGGUUCUUGAUCUAGUUUGCCGUAAGAGGCAACUGGAUAAGAACACUCACGUGCUCAAACUUCCUGACUCUGGAGCUGUAGUUCUCGUAGACCGUACUGUUUCAUCUAUCGGCAAUGUUGAAGACCUGGAACUUCAUCGUCGUCGAUUUGCAACAGAUGGUCCGCUAACGAUUGGUUCCCCUAGCAGUCCUUCUCCUAAGCCGCAUGUAUGGAACGAGCCGCCCCUAAAGGGAAAAAAGAAACUUAUGACGCCACACCCCCUUGCCCAGGAGAAUAUAAUGCAAGACGAAGCCGGCAGUGGUGAUGUCAAGUAUAAGAAAUACACAGUUUGGCGCAAACAGACGAUGAGAUUUGUUGGUAUGAACGAACGAAUCCUCGUAAUCGAUGGCGAGUACGUAUACAUACAACCAUCAUCCGGAGGCAAAGCAAUACGUGAAGGAGGAAAGACCACAACGGUUCACUUCAGCAACGUGGUCGGAUGCAGUGUUUCACGUCGCCAUCCGACCAAUUUUAAACUCCUCGUGUACAAAGCCACAGAAAGCAAGAGGUAUGAUUUUGAAGCCAGGAGUGCUCAAGAGGCCGCAGAGAUUGUACGUGAACUUAAGAAGGGGAUUUCUCCCUAUAAUAGGGACAUUUAG